AUGGCCACAACUGAACCCAUCAACACUAUGGGCUAUUCGACUGACCGACCGGCCAUGACAGAAAAAGGCGAGACUGUGCGCCAUCUGGUCCAGGCUGAUCUCCUAGAUGAACGCUACGAAACCACGAAACGAGGACUGAAGAGCCGUCACGUCCAACUCAUGGCCUUGGGUGGCACUAUCGGAACCGGAUUGUUCGUAUCGUCUGGUCAGUCCCUGGCCACCGGUGGCCCUGCUUCAUUGCUCCUCGGGUAUAUUUUCAUCUCAGCAGUUGUGUACGGCCUGGUGACUGCGAUCGCUGAGAUCGGGGCAUACCUACCUGUUCAUGGUGGUACUAUGAGUUACCACGGAUUUAGAUAUGUGUCACGAAGUCUGGGAUUCGCCAUGGGAUAUUUAUACUGGUAUUCGCUAGGGAUCUUGGUUCCAUAUGAGAUCACUGCAGCGGGUCUCGUGAUUGGAUACUGGGACCCCAAUGGGACGAUAAAUAUCGCCGUGUGGAUUUCUAUCAUGAUGGUCGUGAUAAUUGCCUUGAACUUCCUACCCGUGCGCUUUUACGGCGAAUCGGAAUUUUGGUUCUCGGGAAUCAAGAUUAUCACCUUGAUUGGUCUUCUUAUAGUAUCUUUUAUUCUUUUCUGGGGCGGCGGACCCAAUCGUCAGUUGUUGGGGUUCCAUUAUUGGAAGCAUCCAGGUUCCUUUAAUCAAUACCUUGUGCAAGGAGAUGCCGGGCGUUUCGUGGGCUUGUUAAAAUGCACCGUUUCCAGUGCAAUCGCUUUCAUCUUCGCACCAGAAUUGAUUAUCAUCAGUGGUGGAGAAAUGGAGUCGCCUCGGCGUAAUGUGCCUCGAGCUGCUCGUCGCUACAUAUAUCGAUUGGUGUUUUUCUACAUCUUUGGUGUUUUGGCUAUUGGUGUAAUCUGCCCUUCCAACGCUUCACAACUCACACAAGGAGAUGGGACGGUCAAGUCAUCGCCCUUUGUGGUCGGAAUACAGAAUGCUGGCAUCCCAGUCCUUGAUCAUAUCGUCAAUGCCGCAGUGUUGACAUCGGCCUGGUCCGCAGGCAACUCGUUCUUAUACAUGUCAUCCAGGUCCCUGUACUCAUUGGCGAUGUCUGGCAACGCGCCUAGUAUAUUCAAGUCCUGCAACCGAUGGGGUGUCCCAUACUACGCCGUCGGUGUAUCGGCCUGCUUUUCAGCAUUGGCCUAUCUAACCGUCGGCACGUCAGGCUCCAUCGUCUUCAACUGGUUUGUGAACUUCACUAAUACGUCUGGUUUCAUCUCGUGGAUCUGUUGCUGCAUCGUAUACUUUCGGUUUCGUAGGGCCGUGUCAGCACAAGGCAUCGAACAGCCAUACAGAUCGCGGUUCCAACCAUAUGGAGCUUAUUUUGGCAUGGCUGGAUCGACACUCAUGUUAUUCAUCAACGGAUUCACUGUGUUCUUCCCCUCGGAAUGGUCUGUAAGUAAUUUUUUCACCGCGUAUGUCGGAAUUCCUGCGUUUUUGGUGCUAUACUUUGGCCACCGCAUUCUAUUCUGGAAUGAUCCGUGGUCCUGGCGCCCUGAAGAAGUAGACAUGCAUACGGGUCUGCAAGAGAUCAUUGAUGCCGAGAUUCCUCCUGGGCCACCGGGGCCAUGGUGGAAAAUGUGGUAA